UACCUGUGCGCUCAGGUAGAGUCAGGAGCCGCUGGACCAGGAGAACUGUUAUCUGUCAUGGCGGAGUCGCAGAUGCUGUGUAUGGACGAUGAACACGUCAACGAGAAGAUCCCGGAGUCCAGACCCGAGUUUUACUACAGCGAGGAGCAGCGAGCGGCCCUGGAGCAGCUGCUCCGGAGCGGGGACGGCGCCUUCAAGAUGCGCCUCAAGGAGGACAACGUCAAGGACUUCCUCUCCGCCCGGGAGGUCAAGUCCAUCCGCAAAAGCUUCCAAGAGUACGACUCCGAGAGCGACUCCGAGUCCGGUGACCCUGACAAGUGCAAGGGCUCCUCCAGCGCCGACUCCGGGGUCCACUCCACCUACUGGCCCGAGAUGUCCGACACCGAGGUCCCGUCCCUGGACAUCGGCUGGCCCGGCAGCAGCAGCCACUACAAGGGGGCGACCCGCGUGUCCGUGUACACCCACCCACCCAAAGAGCCCGGGCCCCACAUCAAGGAGGUGGUGAGGAGACUGAUCCAAGAAUCACACAAGGUGGUGGCCAUAGUCAUGGACCUCCUGACGGACCUGCAGAUCCUUCAGGACCUGCUGGAUGCCUCGUCGCGUCGCGGGGUGGCCGUCUACACUGUGCUGGAGGCCAGGGGAGUGCCCCACUUCCUGGAUAUGUGCGCUCGGCUGCAGAUUAAUGCGGUGCAUCUGCGGAACCUCCGUGUGCGGAUUGUGAAAGGUGCAGGGCUGCCAAUGUCAUUUGGAAAACUGCCGGGCUCCCUGUGCUCCAAAUACAUGUUGGUGGACGGAGAGAAAGUUAUGUUUGGGUCUUACAGCUUCACCUGGAGUUCGUCUCGGAUCGACAGGAACACGAUCACAGUGAUGUCGGGACAAAUCGUGGACUUCUUCGACAACGACUUCAGGGAACUUUACGCCGUGUCUGAACAGGUGGACCUCUACAAGGAGUUCAACAUCACCAAGCCACCCAUCGCUGCGCCAAAGCCAAAGGUGGAGAAAGCUAUACCUCUGUCAGUCUCCACAUCUCGCUUUCAAGUAUCGGUCGGGGACUCCAAACAUAUCGACCUGAAGGUGCCAGCUCAUAAAUACCACAAUCCAAAAUACUCUCUGGUUUUUGGGAACAGCAUGGGCCACACAGGCUCCCUACAAGACCUUUCGACUCAUACGGACUCGCUGCUUGGACUGAACCAGAGGAACGGCCUGCAGCGAAACUUCCUUCCCCCCAGCAGGGAAAAGGAGGAAAUAGUCUCCCCGCAGAGUCCAGCUUCACCCACAGAGGAGGAAGGAAAAGGAGGCUUGAAGAAUAACCUGUUCCCCCGCACAAAAAAACAGCGUAGCUCCUUCAGGCACUUCUUAAAAGGCAGAGGAGCCAACCAGUGCACAGAGACUAUAAAGGAAGGAAUAGUCACUCCUCAGAGCCCACCGCCUGCCUCGAAAGUUUCCGAGACCAAAGACAUUGUCGGAGAUGCGGUGGAGGACUCUUUUGACAUCAUCGAGAAACCAGGUGUACUAAAAUCCAAAAUAAAGAAGCCGCCAAAGGUCAUGCAGAGGAGCAUGUCUCUGCAGACCAUCAACACAGGAGAUGAAGACGGACUGAAAAGCCGGAGGCGUCAUCAGAAGAAGAACUGCAUCCAAUCAUGAGAUCAGAAACAAGAGUUGCGUCUGUUAGAGCCAUAAAGAGCAGAUGGAGGAUCUGAUGGUUAAACAUUAAUCAACAAUUGAGUCACAGUGUCACCUGACAGCAACCAGGUGAUGUUACCUUAGGAGAAGUGAGUUAGCGCUGUGACACUGCUUCAGUGUGGGUGACCAGUCCUCUGCUGUGCAUCAUGGGAAUCCCCAUUAAGGAGAUGUUUAACUGAUCAUGAGGAAAAACUGAGGCAAAUCUUCAACUCUGUAGCCAAAGUGUUCUGAUGGAGGAGAUCUCAUAGCCAUCAUUUUGUUUCUGUUUUUUGGUAUUAAAUUAUUCUACAAGUGUUUUCAUAUUUGACGUGCUUGAACACAACAGAGUCGCCAUGGCGUUGUCCAGGCUGCGCGGUUGGAUUACAUGAUGCCCCUGGUUGCUAUGGAGCCAGGAAAAGUGAUCAGUUGUGCUGUUGUCCCUGAGUUUCACCUUACAGACGACCCUUGGAAACAGAACCAGCAUUCAUCAGAGUGUGCUGUACAGGCUGUGAAUAAUGUAGAGUCGGCACAGUCUCGCUGUGUCAGAUCUAUCAUUUCUCUUCUUUAACCCAAGUGAAAUUUGUAAGAGAUAAAAAAUGUGAAUCCUUGAGAACCACUUGAUAAGCAAAUGAUGACUGUUUUGUAGCAUAAUUUGUAUAAAUAAAGUUUUUCUAAUUUGAUAAUGAAUCAAUACUGGUUUUU